AUGGAAGAUCGCAAGGAGAGGAAUGAACCAUGGUUAUCUGUUCCACAAUUUGGGGAAUGGGACCAAAAGGGUCCGUUGCCCGACUACUCCGUGGAUUUUUCAAAAAUCAGAGAAAUGAGAAAGCAAAACAAGAGGGAUCCAUCAAGAGCCAGUCUUGGAAAUGAGGAAGAGCUCAUCUCUUCAACUACUCGAACUACAAAAACUGCCCCUGUUGAUGAUCAUCACGACUAUGAUCAAAAUCACUCUCCAACAGCCAGGAAGAGCAUUUUGAGCUGCUUCAACUGCUGUGUGAAGGCCUGA